AUGGAGAGUUUUCGUAACCUGAAAAUAUUCUUCUUCUUCUUCUUCAUCUCCACGUUAUCUUCUUCUGGAGCAGGUAACUUGACUGAGCAAAACAGAGUAGACAAAAGCUCUGUUCUCCUUGUUAAUGUCCGUAGCUUCGGUGCUCGAGCUAAUGACCAUAAAGACCACACCAAGGCCUUCGUAGCAGCAUGGGACAAGGCAUGUAAAUCAUAUUCAAGCUCUGUACAUCUUAUAAUCCCAAGAGGUGAAUUCUCUGUUGGUCCUCUCAGAUUCUCUGGUCCUUGCACUAACGUAUCAAGUCUCACUGUCCUAGUCAAGGCAUCAACUGAUCUGUCAAAGUAUAGAUCAGGCGGUGGUUGGAUUCAGUUUGGAUGGAUCAAUGGCUUAACUCUUACCGGAGGUGGAACAUUUGACGGUCAAGGCGCUUUAGCUUGGCCUUUUAAUAACUGUACUUCUGAUUCUAACUGCAAACUCCUCCCAACUAGCUUGAAGUUUGUGGGGAUGAACAGAACAGUUGUAAGAAGGAUAAGCUCAGUGAACAGCAAGUUCUUUCACAUAGCGUUAGUAGAGUGCAGAGACUUCAAAGGCACAAGACUCAACAUCACUGCUCCUUCUGAUAGUCCAAAUACAGAUGGUAUCCAUAUCGAACGCAGCUCGAAUGUGUAUUUCUCGCGUUCUCAUAUCGCAACUGGAGAUGAUUGUGUUUCCAUAGGACAAGGAAAUUCUCAGAUCACAAUCACAAGUAUCAAAUGUGGACCAGGACAUGGUAUCAGUGUUGGGAGUUUAGGGAGAUAUCCAAAUGAGAAAGAUGUGACAGGGCUGGUGGUGAAGGAUUGCAAGAUGAGUGGUACAACGAAUGGGAUAAGGAUCAAAACUUGGGCUAAUUCUCCUGGUCUAAGUGCUGCUACCAACAUGACUUUUCAGAACAUCAUUAUGAACAAUGUGACUAAUCCAAUCAUCAUUGAUCAGUCUUAUUGUCCUUUCUCUUCUUGCAUUUCCAAUGUACCUUCGAAGGUGAAGCUGAGUGAGAUAUACUUCAAGAAUAUAAGAGGGACAUCAUCUUCACGGAUCGCAGUGCAGCUGCAUUGUAGCAGAGGAAUGCCAUGUAAAAAAAUAUACUUAGAGAAUGUUCAUCUUGAUCUUUCUUCUUCUGAUGGAGGAACAAAACAGAGCAGAAACAGAGGAGAUGAAGCCGUCUCUUCUUCUUGUAGAAACGUUAGAGCUAAUUACAUUGGGACUCAAAUCCCACCUCCAUGUCACUAA